AUGACGUCACACGGAAAGGAGAUCUUGCUGUCAGACUGCAGUGCUACAUUUUAUAACGGAAUAAAUCUCUCAGGAAGACAAUGUUUGUUUCAGAUCCAUUUGGCGGACACUGGCCAGCAUCUUCACCCAAUCCUCGAGGCCUCCACCUUCCCUCUUCACCCACCGAGCGAGUACAGAGUGUUGCGGUGGAGGAGUCGCGCUCGUCGUUCCUUGGAGACCAACCCCGCGAGAUCACUCUCCCUCCAACUGCCCUUCGGAGACACCGAGCUCAAUCUCCUCCUUCACAAGGUCGACCUUGCCUCUCCCGAACUCAAGCUAAGCUUCCACGAUCAGUCCGGCAAGGACGAGAAAGUCAAUGUUCAACUUGACUGUUUCUACGCCGGCGGCAACAGCAGCACCUGGGCGGUGAUAUCCACCUGUACUGGCCUGAUGGGUAUGGUGGAGCAGGGAGGCGGGAGCUACCAGGUGGAGGAGGUGGAGCAGGACGAGCACCAGGUGGAGGAAGUGGAGAGGGGGCAGCGCCAGGCGCGACUUCGAAGAAGCGCCAGAGACACUCUGGUGGUGAUCUAUCCGCUCAAGACUGAUCUCGCACAGGACACAGUUCUUUCCCCAGUUAUGCCGGACUUCGACGAAAACAUCGACAGUAUCACCUCUCAAACGCCGUUCUCCACGACCUCAAUGUCCCUCAAUGAUUCGACCACGGACAACGAGAUCGCCACGGCACCUAGUUGGCGAGGAGGUCGCGUACGGCGUCGGACAAGACAAGACUCUCAAUAUACAGUCGAACUGGCAGUCUUCGUAGACCGUGAACUGUUCUCGUACGUGAAAAAGCGUUACCCUAAUCAGAAAACUGGCGCCAAGGUGGUUGAAAUCGUCAUGACCUUGGUUAAUGCUGUGCACAGACUGUACUCUGACCCCUCGCUCGGAGACGUCAAGAUCAAGAUGCUGGUGAAGAGGAUAGAGGUCCUGGGCAGCGGCGAGCCGGACAAUGCAAGGGGCAACAUCUUUAAAUAUCUCAAAAAUUUUUGCAAAUGGCAAUCUAAAAUCAACACCAAGAGCACGUCCAAGGGGUGGGACCACGCCCUCCUGCUCUCGGGUCAUGACCUGUGGAACUCGGCGCCCUCCAAGAAUACAACAGUGGGUCUGGCCUACGUGGGAGGAAUGUGCUCCCGCUCGUACUCCUGUACCGUGAAUGAGGCCACAUCCCUGGCUGCUGCCUACAUCAUUGCUCACGAGAUGGGACACAACCUGAACAUGAAGCACGACGGGAGCGGCCAGGCCACCCGGUGCCGGAGAAACGAGUUCAUCAUGUCCCCCGUCAUGUCUUCGGGAGCCACCACCUGGUCCUCCUGCGCCAGGGACGCUCUCAAUACCUUCCUCGCCAACAGGGGCGAGUGUCUCACCUCGGCCAAAACACGAAGUCUGAGUCACACGACGAACCACCACGACGGCAAAGCCCCUGGUAAGAGAUUCAACGCUGACGACCAGUGUCACUACAUGUAUGGAGAAGGCUGGCGGAAAUUCUACAGCUCCCAGCAUCCAUUCAAUAAUGUGUGUAGGGAGAUCUGGUGCCGGAAAGGCCGCUUUCUGAAGACUCCCUCGGCAGCCGCCCUCGAGGGAACCCGUUGUGGGGCAUCUAAGAUGUGCAAGAGAGGAAGAUGCUUAAAAGCUGAACAUGCUGACAAAAAUAAAAUAAGAAUGAGAAGUUCAACAAUUACGACCAAAAAAUCUCUAAAAAAGAAGCAAAAUAAAAAUACUAAAAAAGCAACAAGAAACCGACCCAAAAAGUUAAAAGCCAUGAAAAGAAACCAUUAUGGAAAAGGAGCUCAAUCUCGACUCCAGAACACAAGUGGACUGGAUACACCGGAGAAACGCGGGAAACUGAAGAAGACGAAGCAGGUAGCAGCAACCAAAGGUGACAAGGACAAACGCAAGAAUAGGUCACGUGUUCUUAAGCCAAGAGUCAUACGCAUCAAACAAAAGAAGAAGACAAACAGGAAGAAACCCAAGAAGUUUCGACGAAUAGAGACCCCGACACACAUCGUGAUAAAGGAGAGGAUGAGGUACGUGGAAGGUAAGGGAUGGAAAAUAAAGAUAAUAAGAAUAAAGAAGACGAAACGAAUGAUCGAGGAAUCCAAAAGGAACAAAAUAAACCGCAAAAUCAAAUGUAAUAACAUUCCGAAGUGCAAAAAAGGCAACUUUAAAAUAAAAAGAAAGAAAACCAAGAAGAAACCAUCACGGAAUGUACGAAAAAUGAGCAGUGUACCGAUUAAAGGUGCGACAAUGUCGUUGGGCCGCUGCAAGCCCAAGAGGAUCAAACACGUCCCUGGGAAAGGUUGGUGGGUCAGGAUUCGCAGGAACUGUAUAAGACCCGCCAAGACUCGCACCAUAUAAUGGGCACCACUUCAGGUCCAAUUUUCAGGAUCUAUAGCCUCAGAGAAUGUAAAAAAAAAACAUUCAGAGAAAAUCUAGUCAUUUGUCUUUGAAUUCACCUUAGUAUUUGCUUGUUCCUCAAACCUGUACAUGUCCUUGAAGAGGUGUUGUGACUUUUCAAGGGUCUUUUGCCUGGCAUCCCGUGCAAUGACUUAGACUUGGGAAUGGCUGGCAUGCAAAUACUUGGAUAUAGCUAUUAUGAAACAGCAGCGUCAGGUAUACAUGCUAGCUACAGCUUCUGAACUACAGACAUUGUUUACUUAGUGUGCCGGGAUUAUGUAUAUCAGCAUAGAACUAUUAUAGUUGAGAAAAUACUGAAGCCAUACGGUGGGCUCGAACCUGCAUCUCUGGACUCAGGCACACGUACUAUAUACUGGAUUCGAUCCCACCGUACUGCUUCAAUAUAUUUAUCUUAGAUAUAUUACAUAAAAUGUGAUUUCAUUUACCAUUUGUAAAUGACUUUCAAAUUCAUCUCCAUGACGUUGACUAAUUUGUGGGAAAUCUUGAAACUUUGGCUGCUGUAUUCUGUAUAUCGAACUACUGUAUAUUGGAAUAUAUUUCUUAGAUCCUUGAUAGUUUUUAUAUAUUAUAUUUAUCAAUUUAUAAAUGUUAUUAGUGACUGUUUCUUCUGUUAAUAAAAUUGUCUUUCCUUUUCUAAUUUCCGAAAUAUUUGUGCAGUUAUAACGUUAAAAGUUGUAAUAAUUUCUUGUAUGUUAAUAGAUAACCAAAACACAAAUAACUAGAAUUCGAGUCUGUUAGUGACAGUAGCUGGCUUACAACAGGCGUUCCCUUGGCCAAGAUGCUUUACAACUUGAAUUGAUUCUUUUUGUAUCAUUGAACUCUCCUGCCAUUUUCGAACUGGAUUCCUUCUCGUCCCUUCGAGAUUGAGCCUCUUCCCAUUCGCUUCAGUGUGGGCUCCUUCACAUACCCCUCAAGAAUGUGCCCCACUCCAUCCCCUGAAGAAUAGGAAUGGGAAAUGGUCUCGAGUUCAAUCCCAGGGGCAGAAAGAGACGUUUGGAUACGCACUCAUACACCUGAUGCCGCUGUUCACCUAGCAGUAAAUGAGCAUCUGGGAUUUACGUGACUGUUGUGGAUUGAAUCCUGGAGAAGGUCAAUAUAGUUAGGGGGGGACCUCAAUAAGCCUAACAAGCUGUCUCCAAUAAUUAGAACAAAAAUAGAAAAUCACAUCUGGCACUAAUGGGGAAAACUGUUAACUGGUGAUAUAUAGAAAGAUUUGCAAAAGUAGACCAAUUGCCGGAUACAACAGCUUCCCCCUCACCCCGGCAAAUACAAUAGAUUAUAACUGGCGCAGCAAACAAGCUGUAACUAGGUGAAGGUGGUUUGUUCCCGUGUCAGCGAUGACGUCAGCUCUGAGAGAUAGUGGCCCGUUCAGUAUAGAAAAAGUGCAACUGUUUUACCCAAACAGAAUCGUACGAACCCAAGCAACCCACCUAACCCAUUGAUGCCUAAAAUAACGGCAAUAUUAUGGAGAUUUAGUUGUUACUAAUACGGCGAAUUUUUUAUCCGUUAAAAAUCGAGUCUGAUUUAAAAAAAAAAAACGUUAACGGUCGAGUCCGUUAAAAAUGUGACGCGUUUGGUGAAAGGACGGAAGGACGGGUUGCCCCAUCCACGAGACAGAUGCGGAUGUCCACCACCGUGGACAUCCGGAUCUAUCUGCUGCGGCCACACGACAUGUCACUCAUUGACCGAGUAGAUGACCGAGUAACCGUGUGAAUGUUCGAGCUUUUUGCAAACGGUAACUCGGUAGUACAGUGGCUACGUUCUCGAUUCACAAUUCAGGAUCUCUGGUUCGAUCCCCAGGCGGGAUAGAAAUAGUUGAGAAAAUGUCCCUUUUCACUUGAAAGGGAAACGAGUCUUUCCUACCAGGUGAAAGGCAUAUACCAUAUGAGUAUAUGCAUAUAGUAUAUGAAAAGCUAUAUAUAUAGCCUUUAUAGUAUAUAUAUAGAAAGACUAUAUAGUAUAUGAAACUAUAUUUGAAAAAUAUAUAAUAAAAAUAUAUGUUUACUCUUGAGUAAAUGUAAAAUGUGAGUUGUUCUCUCAGCGCUGGACGUUGAAACGUAAAAAUAUAUGUAUGUGUAUGUGUGUAUAUAUAUAUAUUAUACAAAUAACUAAUUUCUCAUUCACUGUGAGUAUUCUUCCAAUUCAAGGUCACGUGUUUUGUAACAUUGUCAUGUACUGUAUAAUACAAUAAAUACUGUAUAAAUACAAUAACCUCUAUUUAGAAUAUAAAUAUUGUAUUUGAACGCAUGUCUUUGGGAUUCUAUUGUCACGUGAAUGAUGAAUAUUUUAUGCCCGUUGUAUAAUUAUAUUAAAAUAAGUAGUAUGUAACUGGCUGUUCUCUUAAUCCUAUAUAUAAGUUGAUGAAA